AUGGAUGAAUGCACUGCUCAUUUCGACGACCUGGACCUUGAGACAGCUGAUCUCAUUCUUAAGCUGCAGCUUCAAGAUGUCGAAGAACUUCGUGCUAAUUCCAAAGACAAGAAUCGGGAUGGCGAGCUCAACGAUGCUCAAGUAGCACUCUCCUUGUUUGAAGAGAAUAUCGAAAGCAUGCGCUCAAUUUUGUUCGAUCGACAGAUGACACAAAGCAUCACAGCUGCUGUGCGAGCAGACGCAGAGGCUAUUGCCGACGUUAUUCGCGAGGAAGAAGUCGCUUGCGAAGACCACGCUCAUGCGCAUCGUCUGAAUGGAAGUUGCGUCACAUCCGAAGUCCACUUGCAGUCCGGUGAUCUCAGCAAGAAGAUUCCUGCAAGACUUGCGGGACGUUACGUGUCCCAAGAUGUCGGCUAUGAGCUGCUCAAAGAUAUCGAACCCGACAAAUGGCGUGAACCAGAUGACCAUGGUCAGGCCGAAAGCUCCAUAAGAGGAUCUGCUCGCGAGCACGCACUCCGUGACCCCUCCAAUCUUGUGCGUGAUCUGCCUAGAGGUCAAGAAGUACUUUGA